AGUCACUAUAUCUGGUCUCCCACAGUACACACAACAUGGCAAUGCAAUUAGUUUAGUGAUUAUGAACUGCUAAAUACCUUUUCCUUCUAUCAGUGUCCAGCCGAGCACUGGUUACAGCUUGUAGGAGGAGUUUUCUUUCUGCUCUAGGAGGGUGCAGGACCCCAUGACCUCUGGCUGACCAGUGCUGAUUGGCCCUGUGCUGAUCACAUGCACUCUCCCAAGAAAAUAAACAAAAAAAAACCCUCUCUAGUAAUACACACCAAACUGAGCAUGUGUAGCGUGUCUCCACACAAUAUGUCUUAUCAGGAGAUAAGAGGGGGGCAAUGGAAGAAGGGGAGGAUCAUAGAAGUCAGGAUCAAACAGACUUUUUACACAAUGCAGAGGAUUAACCCCUUAGGUUCCACAGUGAGUAUAACAAGCAUGCUUUACUGCAUCUACAGACUGAUUUUACUGUUGUGGGUUUAG